AACCAAUCGUAAUCCUGACGGGACUUCCUCCACAAAGUCUCGAGCUCAACGAAGUAGCAACUCGUUUGUGUUUCUCUUCUAGGGCUAGGGUUUUUCCUCGGCCUCUUCCUGGUUACAGGAAGUGAUUAUACUGUAAGGUAUAUUUGAUUGGCCAGAUAUGGGUGAGACUGGUAAGCGCUCCCGUUCACAGAGGGACAAUGAUGGAGAUACCAAGAACCAGAAGAAACGAGCCAACAACAAAGAUGAUACAGGGGAUGGUGAGUUGGUUAUUUAUCGCAUACUCUGCCCAGAUAAUGUCAUUGGAAGUGUCAUUGGUAAGGGUGGGAAAGUAAUAAAUUCAAUAAGACAGGAGACACGAGCGAAGAUUAAGGUUGUGGACCCUUUUCCUGGUGCCAAGGAGAGGGUUAUAACAAUAUAUUGCCAUGUUAAGGAGAAGGAAGAUGUAGAGGUUGAUGAUGACAAUGAUGAUAUGAAGCCCCUCUGCCCUGCCCAGGAUGCACUUCUCAAAGUACAUGCUUCUAUUGCUAAUGCAGUAGCUACCGCUGGGGAUUCUGACAAGAAACGAAAAGAUAAGGAGGAGGCUCAUAUUCUUGUUCCUACUAGCCAAUCAGCGAAUGUUAUUGGAAAGUCUGGAGCAACAAUCAAGAAAUUAAGAAGCAAAACAAAGGCAAACAUCAAAGUUUCCCCCAAAGACGCUAAUGACCCUACUCAUUCAUGUGCUAUGGAUUUUGACAACUUCAUUCUGAUCUCUGGUGAUGCUGAAGCUGUGAAGAAGGCACUAUAUGCAGUGUCUUCUAUCACAUACAAGUUUUCUCCAAAAGAAGAAAUUCCUCUCGACACAACUGUUCCUGAAGCUCCUCCAAGCAUCAUUAUCCCUUCAGAUGCCUCUAUUUAUCCUGCUGGUGGAUUUUAUCCAAGUGCAGAUCCUAUUGUUCCACCAUCUAGAUCUGUUCCCUCAGUAAUUGGUGCUACACCACAUAUACCUGAUCUCCAUGGAUACACAGAUUCAGGAAGUGCAUGGCCUCUCUAUUCUUCAUCUUCGCUUCCUGUAGUUUCAAGUUAUGGUGGUUUGUCUCAAUCUGAAGAGUUAGUAAUAAGAUUGCUGUGUCCCUUUGAUAAGAUUGGGCGUGUUAUUGGCAAGGGAGGAAGUUCCAUCAAGAGUGUGAGGCAGGCAAGUGGUGCUCGUAUUGAGGUUGAUGAUACUAAGGGUGAUCGUGAUGAGUGUCUUAUCACAGUCACGUCUACAGAGGCUUCGGAUGAUAUGAAAUCUAUGGGAGUUGAAGCUGUUCUACUUCUGCAAGAGAAAAUAAAUGAUGAAGAUGAUGAUACUGUUAGCAUUCGUCUCCUUAUUCCUUCUAAAAUUAUUGGUUGUAUUAUUGGAAGGAGUGGCUCAAUUAUAAAUGAAAUGCGGAGGAGAACCAAAGCCGAUGUCCGUAUCUCCAGAAGUGAGAAGCCUAAAUGUGCUAAGGCCAAUGAUGAGCUUGUUGAGGUUGUUGGAGUUGUUAGCAGUGUGAGAGAUGCACUAAUUCAAAUUGUUCUGCGGCUUCGGGACGAUGUUUUGAAGGAUAGGGAUAGUGGUCGCAACCCCCUUCCUGUUUCUGAUUCUCUGUACUCUUCUGGUAGUGGUCUUUCAGUACCUUCAGUCCUCCCUAGUGUUCCACCAGUUGCUCCUUUGGGUUAUGAUCGGGUUGAAACUGGAAGUGGCUUGGGCAUGCUUUCUUCAAGCAGCCUCUACGGAUAUGGAUCAUUGUCGGUUGGAGAGAAUGGUUAUGGAUCACUUUCUUCAUAUUCAUCUAAGCCAUAUUUUGGGUUGCCUCCACCCUCAAAUCUUGAGAUGGUGAUCCCUGCAAAUGCAGUUGGUAAAGUGAUGGGAAAAGGUGGUGCAAACAUUAGCAACAUCCGAAAGAUCUCAGGAGCAACCAUAGAGAUUCUUGAAUCAAAAUCUUCUCKUGGUGAUCGAGUGGCUCAGAUAUCUGGCACAUUAGAGCAAAAGCGUUCAGCUGAGAACUUGAUCCAGGCAUUCAUAAUGGCAGCAUGAGAAAGAUAAUCUAUCCAGUAAAUUGAAGGUGAAUUCUAGUUUCAAUUAGGAGUUUUCUUACUUGGAGGUUCCUCUCUGUUGUAGUUCAUUUAGGUUUUCAUUCCAGAGAGGAACUUAAAGUUCCUAGUAUCCUCGUACUGGAAUUCUUCUUGCCUCCUAAAGAGUGCCAAUUCGAAAAUGUGUGGGUGGACUCACAUCUGACUUCUGUCGGGGGCUGGGUUACUGUCUAUGCUGCUGAAUCUGAUCUUCAUCUCCAGUUAUCUUAGAACUUAUAGGGUCUUUCUUUCCUUUUGUUGGUGUUAUUUUAAUCAUGCCUUGUCUUUGAAUGGGUGGAUCCCAUUUUAUUUCCAGUUGCGCUGUGCUCUUUAAAUUCACACGACGUAUUGCCGGUGAUGAUCACAACUGUGUUCACUGCUCGUAAAUUCGUAUUAUAUAUUAAUGUUUUAUGUUAUCCUUGCCCUCAUCUAUUUUCUUAGUAGGAUCAUGUGUAUCAAUUAUACACAGUGCAACGUGACUGGUUGUUAUCUUUGUCAUUGA